CCGGGCAGGACCGAGUAGCCCGGGGACGGUUGUAUCAUUCGGAUAUUCUCACUGAUUCUGCUAACACAACCCGUCACCAUGAACGGUGGAUUGGUCGUGUUGCUCUUCAUGGGAGCAGCUGCUGUCAAUGGCGAAAUGAAAAAUGUGUCGAUUGCAGAAGAUAGUUUGAGCUGCUCAUCACCCUUCAGUGAGGUUGGAGGACGUUGUAUGUAUGUUGACUUAGUAAACACUGGCUCCUGGGACACGAUGCGUUCCCACUGUAAGAGUAUUGGCGGUGACCUGGUUAAGUUGAAUGACGCUGAGGUGUUUUCUGCUCUCAUCCGUUACAUACACGGCAGUGGUUUCCCUACAGCUCAUUACUGGAUCGGCGCCACAGACGAGGGACAUGAAGGAGUGUGGCUGUGGAUAGACCAAGAACCUGUACAGAUGGGAACACCUUACUGGGCAAACUAUGGAUGUGACAACAACCAAACGCCAAAUGGUGGAACAGCUCAAAAUUGUGCACUGCUUGAUCAUGGUUAUCAUUUGUAUUUCAAUGAUAUUGCAUGUAGUGGUAUAUACAAUGUUAUCUGUGAAAUGUAAGAUCUUACAAGACAAUUUACUUGUACAGUCGAAUGUAACUAUAUGAAUAUUUGAGAAGAAAUUGUUUAUAUACAUUUAACAUCUGUCAAAUAUUAAAGACUUUAACGAAA